CCCAUUGAUGAUAGGCCACGACUGGCACUGAUAACAAAAUUGAAUAUAAAAAUGGACAACUCGUCAUAAUCAAUUAGACAAACGCCUAACUUCUGAGCCUCGGUGGUGGUGACGGGGGCUUUCACACGAGUUUACGAUAAUUUACCACAUUGGUAAAACCAUAUAAUAAAUAUUUACUGAAUUAUCUUAUCAAUAAUUAUCAUUUAGUUCUUUUUUUUAAUAAUGACCUGAAUGGGCGGCAUAACUACUCUAAUAGUUUAAUGUUACAUAAUAUGAAUUAUGACUUAUGAGUGAAUGACCGUUGACUUACAAGUUUAAAUCAGACUUUUAUUUUCAAUACUCGUUUGUGUAAUUUUGUCGAUCAUAAGCGUAAUUUAACGGUUUAUUUGAGUAUAUUGCAUUAACCACAAAAUUAUAUCAAUAUGACCAAUCCUCGUAGUUCGAAUACUAACGUUUAUCAAGGUGGUGGUCAUUUUGAAUUUUCUUCCGAAAAAAAUUGGGGUGUAGAACAAGAAGAUUUUAGAAUAUUUGAUUCUAUUGAUAUGACACAUCUAGCUGCAAGUAUAGCUAGUAUACCAUUUAAUAUACAGCAUGAUAUACCUGUUGAACUAUUUACUACAGAGCAAUUAGAAGAAUUUGAAGUAGAAUCAUCACUUGCUUUGAGCCGACAUACAUCGCAAUGUAAUUCAAAAUUAUUAAGUAUUAAAACUGUCUUGCAAACUUCCACUGAAAAUAGUCAAGCACCCGCAGAUACAAAUAAAUUGUUUUUAAGUAAUUCAGAAGUUAGUAAUGUUCCUUUUGGUUGUGAGAUUAAAUCUAAUAUAGAACUAGAAGAAAUAUUGGGAAAUAGGAAACCUUUAUUUAACAUACUACAAGAUGAACAAAAACCUGUUACUAGUAUAAAUAAUGGCGAAACUGACUCAAUCAUAGUUGAAAGUCAAAAAAUGUCCAUUAAAGAUGAUAAUACAAUUGAAAUAAUCAAUCAUAAUGCAGGGCAUUGGCUUGAUUCAAUGUUGGAUAGUGAUGAAUAGAAAUUUAAACUGUGUUUUCCAAUCAUUAGUACAUUAUUUAAAUAUUAAUUUUUUUUCAUAAAAACUAUUUUGUAUAUUAUUUUGAAUGUACAAUUAUUAAAACAGUGCUAUAACAAUUUUAUAAUUGAAAUAAAUGCAAUAACCAUUACCCAGAUA